CAGUUUCGGGUGAGCACACAGGAAGCCAAGAGAUAAGGAUAUAUAAAAAAAUCUAUAUAAAAAUCUACCUGAGAACCACCAUCUAGUGCAGUGUGAUUGGAAAACGACAAAAUGACCAACUGGAAGCUGAUUUUUUGCAACCUAUGUUUAAUAUCAGUGAUGUCAGCUAGUUUUGGACUGGAAGUGAAGAUGAGUCAAGCUACCGUGGAGGUUGCCAGGGGUGAUGAUGUCACCCUUACAUGUAAUUUUAAACCUAAAAGUCCAAAAAAUGAUCUUAUCGUUAUAACAUGGACUGGUGAUGCUGAUGAGACAUCUGGGGAGAAGGUCAUUUUCGGUAACUAUUACUCCUAUGGUAAAGUAGACAUUGGACCAGACUAUCAAGGCAAAGCCGUGAUAGAAACUGACCUUGAUGCAAAAACAUCGAAAUUGACUCUAAAACAAGUCACUCUUAAAGAAAGCAGAAGAAUUCGAUGUUUUGUUCAGAUUCCUGGAGACAUUGAAGGCAAAACAGCUGACACUACUUUUCUUUUGGUUCAGGUUGCACCAUCACAACCCCUUUGUAAGGUAGUAGGCACAGCAGAAUACGGACACAAUAUUAGCCUAACCUGUGUCUCUGAGGAGGGCUCACCUACACCAACAUACAAAUGGGAGAGAUAUAAUGUCAAAAAUGUCCCUCAAGCAUUUCCUCUCAAAACCACCGAAAAGGAUGGAGUUCUGUCUUUGGUCAAUGUGUCCAUGGAGACAUCGGGUUACUAUAUUUGCCUGUCAAGCAAUAAGGUCGGAUCAGCCAAAUGUAACAUGACAUUAUCCGUAAUGCCGUCCUCUAUGAAUCUUGCUACAAUCGGUAUUGUGGCUGGUUGUAUUGCUGGAGUUAUAGUGCUCAUAAUAGUCAUCAUCUGCUGCUACCGCAAACGGAAACAGAAACAGAAACCAAAAGACUAUGAAAUGGAGAAUCCAAUGGUGGAAUACCAUGACAACCCACCACUAGAAAAUACUGAGGACGGGAAUACAGACAUCAUGGCGAUCACUGAAGAGGGUACUGACAAAGCUUGCAUUGAUGACCUCAAAAAUCACUUUGAUUACCGCAGAGGUAGCCGUGAUGACCUCGAUCAAGGAGGCCGUGAUGACCUCAGAGACCCUGAUGACCGCAGAGGUAGUCGUGAUGACCUCAGAGAUCGCUAUGACGAACGCAGAGGUAGUCGUGAUGAGCUCAGAGAUCGCUAUGACGAACGCAGAGGUAGUCGUGAUGAGCUCAGAGAUCGCUAUGACGAACGCAGAGGUAGUCGUGAUGAGCUCAGAGAUCGCUAUGACGAACGCAGAGGUAGUCGUGAUGACCUCAGAGAUCGGUAUGAUGAGCGCAGAGAUCGGUAUGAUGACCAAAGAGAUCGCUAUAGAUAAAAUCAGCAAGAUCAGUAUGAUAAUCGAACCAUUUAAUUAUUAUGACCACCACCAAAAUUUUUUGCUAAAAGGACAACCACUAUGUCAAGAUGGUAUCCAGUGUUUAUUUUUGUUCUGAAGUUGUUUAAACAUGUUGUUGAAGCUACUAUAUUGUUCUAUUGUUUUAUUAGCCUAUAUUUUUCCCUGUGUUGAUAAUCAAAUCAAAUUGUGCUGUAGGCCUAUACCUGCCGAUGAAUCAUCCUUUUUGAUUUCCUUUUUGAUUUGAUUUUUACAGGAUUUUAAUAGAA